AUGUAUGAGGACAUGAAUGCCUUAUAUUCAGGUGCAAUGACGCAAUAUAUGCCUACAGAGAUAAUAGGCAAAGUAGGUUCAGAAGAGGUACCAGAUAUUCAAACUAUUUCGCCAAAUGCAGAAAUAGGCUAUAUGCCCAAAGUAGACUUAGAAUUAAGUCCAUAUAAUGCAAAAUUAGUACAAGACAAAGAAGUAGGAGCUAUAUAUGAGACAAAGGCUAAAGGUCACAAAGAUUUAUGA